UCGGCGAAAUCCGUGAACGCUCCCCCGCCGCAGCCCCCGCCCCGCCUACUCCAAAACCAACCACCACCGGCUUUCCAGCUCAUCGCCGGCGGGCUAAACCCUCUACUUUUAAACAGCGACGAGACCCAGCUCCGUCUGCAUCUGCAUCCGCCUCUGCUUCUACUCCGAGUCCAAAGGACGAGAAAACGGCCAUUGCGCAGGAGAAUGCGCGGCAACUGGCAUCCAUGUCGGAUGCGCAGAUUGAACAUGAGCGCCAGGAGCUGAUGGAAACCUUGGAUACAUCUUUACUUGAGCGCUUCCUCCGCCGAGCUCGUAUCGAUGCCGAUGACACGUCCACCACCUCCAAACCCACCCGCGAACAACCUGUCGCUCCUGAACCAGUCCAAGACAAGAGAGCGGAAAAAGAAGACGAAGUUGCUGCAUCCGCUCCGCUUUCACCACCACCAGCAACAACAAAGACAGCAGCAACCACCUCAACCACAACCGCCAAACCAACCUCCCCCAACGACUCCUCUCAAGAUGACGUCCCACCCACUCAAAUCCCCUCCGACCUCCACGCCGCCGCCGAACUGCCCCCCUCAGGCAGCGUCCACUUCCCCGCGCCUCCAUCCCAAGCCUCCCCAAUGCCCAACCUAGAUCCAUCUUCUCCCUCCUUCCUCUCCGACCUCCAAACCCACUACUUCCCCAACAUCUCACACGACCCCUCCGCCCUCUCCUGGCUCCAACCCCCCUCCGCAGACCCCGAAGACCCAGACUCCACGUCCGCCUACCACCCCGCCAGCAACGCCGAAGCCGUCCACCCAGCCAACCUACGCUUCUCUCUCCUCGGCACGGUGCUCUCCCCUUCAACAUCUCUCUCCCUUCCCACGACCCUGGGCCUGCACCAUCAUGGCAAAGACCCCCACGCAGCGGGGUACACCAUUCCCGAGCUGGCUAUCCUCAGUCAGUCGACGUUCCCGGCGCAGCGGUGCAUCGCGUGGCAGGUUCUCGGGCGGAUUCUGUUCCGUUUGGGCAAGGGCCAAUUCGGAGAAAGAGGGAGUCCGCUGGUCGAGGGGCUGUGGUCUGUUGUGGAGAAGGAGGGUGUUGUGGCGGGUAUGUUGGCUGAGGCGGAUGGAGCGACACCUGGGACGGGUUCUGCCCGGCGUGGUGGGCAGGAGAAAGAAGGUGAGGAAGAGAAGGCAAAGGAGAAUGCUACUACUGGUGCCGGAGGUACUGGUCGUCGACAACAUGCUAGUGCUACUGCGUGGGCCGUCGAGGGUGUCUGGCUUUGGCAGAUGGGAGGCGGAGGUGAUCGGGGCGUGUUGAAGGAGGGUGCGAUUCGGUCUCAGUGAUUGUCAACCUGGAUCUUGACUUAUUAGCGAUUUCAUGACUAAAAGUUCAAUAUAUUAUCAAUUAUAAA